ACAAGUUCUCGAUAUUAUUAAUCCAUUAAAUGAGUCUCGUCCAAAAAGAAGAGUCUACAGAUCAAAUUAUUUAGUUGAUGAUGAAAAACAUUUUUAUAUCCUAUUAUUUCAUGAGCAAUUGGCAGUCUUUUUAAACAUGACAACUGUCAUUUGUGUCGAUACAAUGUACGUGAAAUAUGUUGAACAUAUUUGUGGAAUUUUCUCCGUCUUACGAUACCGAUUAGAGAAUAUUAUAAAAAAUUCUGAUUUGGAAUUUUCUGAAAAUCGUACUUCCAAAAAUGAUGAACAAAUAAUAAGAGAAGUUUCACUUUGUAUCGCUUAUCACCGAGAAGCAAUCAAACAUGCUGAAUGUGUCGAAUCUAUUUAUGGAUUAGCAUUAUUUUUACAAUUAUCGGCAUGUUUGAUAUUAUUGAGCGCAACUAGUUAUGUGGCCGCGGUAAAAUUAGAAACAUUUAAUGAAUUUAUGCAAAUUCUGCCCUUUGCUAUGGGACAGGUGAUACAUUUGUUUUAUAAUUCCCUUCCAGGACAAAAAUUAAUAAAUUUUAGUGAAGCAAUUGGGGAUUCAGUAAACAGUGCACAAUGGUAUAGAAUGCCAGUAAAAGCGCAAAAGCUUCUAAUUUUAUUAAUGGUUCGAAGUUUUCGUCGUCCUUGCACAAUUCAGGCAUUUGGUGGAAUAUUCACUCUUUCUAUGGAAUCAUUCAGUUCGGGCAUGAAAACGUCAUUUUCUUAUUUCACGGUUUUAUUAUCCAUGAGCGAAUAAAUAUAUACGACAAUGAUAAGUUUUCUUUUUUGUUCGAUUUUUUUUUUGUUUUGAUAAAUGUACAAAAUACCUAUUAUAUUUUGAAAAUUUGAUAUUAUCCUUUUAAAAAUAUUGAAUGUAUAAAUAUUCAUACGAUUGUCUUUAACACAAUAGAACAAAUAUGUAUAAAAUUUUUGUAUUUUUCAACG